AAAGGAUUUGUCAGUAUUUUUUUUCCUAGAUUGAUGCCACGAUCCAUCAACUGUAACUUGGAAAUACACCAGGGUACAAUCAAAUGUAUAAUAUUUUACUAAAUUAUUUAUGAUUAUGAGAUGAAACAGUUGUAGUCCUACAAAAAAAGCUGCACAGGCGACUCCACCAACCUCCAAAACAGCAUCAACUUUAAAAUAAGAAAUGAGAAACUGCCUGUAGCUUCACCUAAAGGCAUGCAGCCAUCGAUCAGAUCUGUCACAGAGACGGCACUUCAUUCCUUAAUGCAGCAUACUUUAUUAAAGUGGCAGCCUGUUGAGCUGCUGGGCAUCAGAUGGGAGACUGACAAACAAAUCUUACAAACUGAAUUCAUGAUUUUAGCGUCUGAAGAUGCAGAUAAACGACGCAGAGACUACAGAGACAGAAUGAGAGGAAACAUAGAGCACAAAUCCAUGUUUAAAUCAUCUUUCUAAGCAGACCUAACACUGAUUUCUGCAGCAUUCUGUAAGUAAUAAACUACCUAAAUCAGAAUACCAGGAAGACACAUAUAUGACAUUUGGCGUCUGAGCAGCUUUGUUGAUGGGGGAGGUCUGCUGCCGAAAAUGUAAUGAUGGGCUAAUCCCCUCGCAUGCGUAAUGAGAGCUCGUGCCAACAGCAAGGCUCAAAACCAAAGCGCCAUCUGCCCGCAGCCACUUUGCUCUGAUGAGAACACGGAGACGCGUCGCUUUUUACGCACAACGCGACCGCGAAGUGACACCAGAGUGCGAGCUGCUCUUUGUCACUUUAUAAUGCUUUCAUGUGCAGCACACAACGGGCUGCAAUUUUGAGCUUUUAAGAGAUUGAUAUACACUUUCCAUGGAGCUGCAGAGUUGACUGAGCUCUCGCUUCUGUCGCGCGUAAAACCUGUUUUUGAUGCGUCAGGAGGAAACAAACCCGCUGCAGAGUCUCGUUUUCUCGCUGAAAUUAAGAUGGAAAACUUUACAACAGCAGCUCCGGAGCUGAACGGCACCCUGGGGGUCUGGACGGACAACAGCAUUCAGUACAAAGUGAUAAGUAGUUUGCUGCUUUUCGUGAUUUGCGCUUUAGGAAUCGUUGGCAACGUUAUGGUGAUCCUGGUGGUGCUCACAACCAAACACAUGAGGACUCCAACCAACUGCUACCUGGUGAGUCUGGCAGUGGCGGAUCUGAUGGUGCUGAUAGCGGCUGGGCUGCCGGCUAUAGCAGAAAGCAUCUUCGGAUCUUGGGUGUUUGGCCACUAUGGGUGCCUGUGCAUCACCUACUUCCAGUACCUCGGCAUCAACGCGUCCUCCUGCUCCAUCACAGCGUUCACCAUCGAGAGGUACAUCGCCAUCUGCCAUCCCAUUAAAGCCCAGUUUCUGUGCACCCUCUCCAGAGCGAAAAAGAUCAUUCUGUUCGUCUGGGCUUUCACUUCUCUGUACUGCGUGAUGUGGUUCUACCUGUCCUACACCCACGAGCUGGUGUACGACAAUGUCACCAUCAUCUCGUGCGGCUACAGAGUGCCCAGGAAGUUUUAUCUGCCCAUUUACUUCUUUGACUUCGGCGUCUUCUUCGUGGUGCCGCUGCUGCUCUCCGCGGUGCUGUACGGACUCAUCGCCAGGAUCCUCUUCCUCAACCCGCUGCCCUCCGACCCCAAAGACAAGAAGAGGAACGGACAGAACAACCACACCAACAACAAGAAGACCAGCUGCAAGAACUCCCGGCACUCCAGCUCCACCGCCACCUCCCGCAGACAGGUGACCAAGAUGUUGGCUGUGGUGGUGAUCCUGUUCGCGGCGCUCUGGAUGCCGUACCGCACUCUGGUGGUGGUCAACUCCUUCCUGGACCGGGCCUACCUGGACAGCUGGUUCCUGCUCUUCUGCCGGCUCUGCAUCUACCUCAACAGCGCCAUCAACCCGGUCAUCUACAACGCCAUGUCCCAGAAGUUCCGCGCCGCUUUCCGCAAGAUCUGCGGCUGCGGGAGGAAAGGCACGGACAAGCCCGCCGCCUACAGCGUGGCGCUCACGUACAGCGCCGUCAAAGACACGUCGAUGGUGGAGAGCACCGAUCACUUCACAACGGAGCUGGAGGAGCUCACCGUCACGGACGACCUGCUGACGGAUCAGAAGAUGAUGUUCUCAGACUCGUGUGUGUACGGGAAGGUGAAUUUCAGCGACGCAUGAGGUGCAUUUGAGGCGAGUCGAGCGUUUCUGCGGGUCAAUAGAGGAUUUAAGAGUUGUUUAAUGGAGUCUGCUGAGUGGGAAUAUUGUUUCCUGAGUGCCUGCUGACCUUUUUAAAGCCAGGCUGCUUCUGCGAGAGAUGUAAACACAGAUUACAGCCACUGAUGCGUAAUGACAGUCUUUGAGGCUCAAAGUUGACAGUGAUUCAGGACAUUGUAAAGCAACAAAUAUCGUCAGAUAAGCGCUUUGUUAUUGCAUAGCUGUUAUCUUAUCUUGGAUCUACCCAUAUAAUAUACUGUGUAUGAGCCAACAACACAUGAAUGUGAACAAAAACAACGUUCCCACUGCUGAUAGAUGUUGUUGUGCCACAAACCAGACCAGCAAAGACUCAUUUAAAGUAGCACAGGGCAGAGUGACAUGCAGGCGGCGCCAAAAGUCAGUAAAAGGUCUAUGACACAACGUCAACUCCAACGCCCAGAAAUCCUGCAAAGGAACCUCUGACACACUUAUGUUUGCCAACACAGCUGGUCAGUGAUGCUUCAACACCACAGGAUACCAAAGAGAUGUGAAAAGAACAAGAACAGCACUUGGAGAGCGCAGACCUGGUGCAUUCAAGUGCUCCUUGGACGGUCCCAUUUCUGGAGUUGUUCUUCUAACUUUGGUGUCUUAAUAACCUUUAUGUCAUAAAGGAUGCUGCAAAUAAAUUGUUUCCAGUGUUUACGUGGCAAAGAAAACGGAUCAGGUGAACCAGGAAACUCAUAUUUCCCACUCAUUCUAGGACCACAUGAAUGCAGCACAAAUCUUGCAACGUUCAUGAAGAGAAAAAUCACUUGUGUAUCGCCCCGUGAUUCGAAUCUGCACCAAAAUUUAACAGGCUGUUCCUUUACCCAUGACACAUCGUUCUACCAAGUUUGAUGAAAAUCGGGCUGGUAGUUUUUAAACAAUCCUGCUGACAAACAGACAAACCAAACUGAAAACACAACAUCCUUGGUGGAGGUAAUAAUGCCAACAAGUCCGGCCUGGAAGAGUGGAAUUCAGUCCCUAAUUCACCAUUUUCCAACAGUGAAUUGAUUGCACUGUACAUACUAACAUUCAGGAUGGAUAAUUUUACUCAGAGAUUGGGACUUAGGCUGAGAAAAGAAAAUGUUUUUAAUCCUAAACAGACUCUCACCCUGUGCAGCUUUAAUGCCCUCCUGAUGGCCCAUUAACCAGUGCGUCACACCUGAACCUUCACGGACAGAACAGCCUCUAUUUUUACUGUGAAGGACACGUACACGGCCUCGAGCACGUUGUGCAAACCGAGACAGCCUGUGCAGAGUGUGUUCUGGAGGCUCUUGAUGGCGCGCUGAGUUUCUCUGCAAAGUGUUCACUAGCAGAGACGAGAAAGUUCAUAAAGCACUUUGUAAUUUAGAUUUUAAAAAGUGCCAUAAUGAAGUAUAUUAUGUGUUAUUAUAGCUACCACAGCACCAACAUGUUCCUAAUAAGGCAUAUUUUUUACAGGUCUGCAAGUUGUCACUGAUGCUUUGCUCUUUAAAGGAAAAAAAAUAUGUUCUGCAUUAGAUAUUAAAUGCUUCUUCGUUCAGAAAUUAACUUUCUAUAUUGUAGUUUACAGUGUUAGUGUCCACCUACACAUAAGGGAUCCACAGGACAUGAUGCAUAUGUGUAAUAUUGCAUCAGUGUUUAAUUUCAUCUCACUGGAAAAUCAACAUUGUAGGUGGGACUAAGAAAAGGGUCGUUAUUCUCCUGUGUCAAGGCCAGAUCUAUUUAAAACCAGUUUAGCACUGUAGGUGUGAAUUUCCUUUUUCUUUAAGGUAAACAUUUCAUUAAUUGUUCCUAGCAACCGAGUAACUGGAAGAUGUGCUCUUUAUUGAGUAGUUUCACCACUUUCUAACAGGAAAAAGGCUGCAGAGAAUCUUCCACCUAUUCCUUCCACUUUAUUCAUUUGUUUGUUUGUUUAAAAAAAAAACCUUCAAAGAGGACAUAUUAUGCUCAUUUUCAGAGUCUUACUUGUACUUUAGGUUUUACAGGAACAUGUUUACAUGCUUUAAUGUUUAAAAAACACAUUCUUUUUCUCAUACUGUCUGUCUGAAUAUACCUGAAUCCACUCUCCCUCUGUUUUAUUGUCUCUUUAAGACCGCCUGCUCUGAUUGGUUUGUGAGGAAAAUUUGUCACAUAUCUAUGGCAAAGGUAGAGAUGUUUAGAGACAUUUCAGUUCAUUCUAAUGAGCCUUUAUGUGACAUAGAAAAAAGUCUGAACGACUUGUUAAAUCAAGUGUUUUGUCUGGGUUGUUUUAUCUCAGUUUGUGGAUUGGUAGGCACUCCAUAACCUUUUCCUAGCAGCAGAUACGACUCACUACUAACUGGUUACAACGAAAUAACCUCUUUCCAAACAUAAAAUUAGCAUAAACUGGCCAGUCGUAAGACAUUUAGUAGUUCUGUCUGACUCUGGUUUAGUGGGAAGAAACAUUAAAAUUCCCCCAAAGUACUUUAUCUCCAGACUAUCUUUUUAACCAAAUCACACUAAUUUAGACUAUUCCAUGUGAUCUCCUUAAAAAAUCUAAUAAACAAUGUAAUAUUUUUCACUGAGCCUCUCCUCAAGCUGUUUUGAUCUCACACUGUGAAACUCUGGUUUAACCGACUUUAACUGAAGAAAUACAGCAGAGAAUCUCCACCAAGGCCUUCUCCUCAUUACAUAUUAAUAUUUACAAAAAUACAUGUAUAAAUACAAGAUUUUCUCAGUUUUCUUGUAGUCUAGACUCAUAGAGUUAAAGGCAUAAUAUGCAGGAACUGUUACUCACUCGGCUUGUCCUCCCCAGCUCAAUAAAGUGAAAUCAAACCCAGGAUUCACUCUUGUUUUGGAGCAAGCUUUACCAGUUUUGUCACUAUAUUGGUUCGUUUUUUGGCACUGUGUCCACUUCUUCUGUAGCUUUAUGCUCGUUGGGUGACACCUAGGAGUGUCCCUAACAGAAGAAAAUAAAAAGAGGAGAUACAGGGUCUCUGCAGAAACCACCGCACACUUCUAGUGGCUUCAAGUGAUGAUUGAAAGAAAAUAUUUCAGUUUAUUCAUUAUUUUUUUUACGGUAAAUCCUGCAUAGUAUAUCUUUAACCCUCUGAAACAUUUUCUUUUAAAGAAUACAUUGUUUAUUGUAGAAAGAAGCAAAAAAAAAAACAACAGGUGUUAUCUUCGAAAUUUGCACUUUCAGACAGUCCUUAAAUGGAUCAUCAAUUAUGAAAGUUUCCGUUAGACAAAGUAACCAAAACAAAGCCUACAACUGUGUUAAAUUUCUGUCUUUAUUCUACAUGUCUAAUUUAAAAUAAAGCGUUAGAAUAACUACACCCUGUUAAAAAUAUUACAUUUUGCUCCUCAGCGACACAGUGAAGACAUGAUUGAUUCUGCUGAGACGAACGGUCACGUGACCAAUAUUCACUGAAAAUUUGUUUACACAGAGCUGAGAAGAGAGGACAGGAGAGAGGCUGGAAACAUGGUUGUGGAGACACAAUUUUUGUCUUAUAUUCAUGAAACUUGUGGGCACUUGGAAAAGUUUUGUACAUAGAGAUUCCAUUUAAUUUAUUAUUUUUUAUGACUUUUGUCAUUAUUAUUCUGCACAAAAGACAUUGUUGAGUUGUUCCCACUUCUAGCUAUGAUUGUGCUGAUUCCAUAGAGCUGCAGGACUUUAUUUUUAAUUUUUAUAUAUUACAGUGAAAUACAAGGCCACAGUGAGCAGAAAACAGUCUGAGGGGUCAUACGGGGGUCAACUGUUCCAGUACAGCCUUAGUUACAACUUGUAAACCUUUCUAGAAUAUGCCUUAUUAGACAAUGGUACCGCCUUCACUAUUAAAGUCUUCUUCUCUAAUAAAGUUAGAAAAAAGCUUUAUUUUUGUUGAGCAGCAGCAGUGGUUGCACCUCAAAGCUUCACGUUAAAACAGAGUGUAAAUAGUGUGACAGAGAUUCAGUGUAACAUAAAGAACAUAUUGAUAUAUUUCACUAUAAGUUCCAUCAGUGUUCAAGAUGAAGCAAAGUGAAGUGAACGUCGUGCUCUGUGUUUCGUAUCGUGAAAACUGUGGACUUAACAAACCGCCGAUUCGCUCCGUCUCGCUCUUUAGUUGUCAGUGACGCGUGGCUGGAUGGACGUGUGAUGUUUAGACGUGUGGAUGUUGUGUGGCGUUUUCAGCCAGAUCAGUGGAUGUUUAUGAAUCUCCGAGCACAGUCUGCCUCACAGGGGAAUAUAAUUGGGCAGCAGCAGCAGCAGAGGGAGAUGUUCUCGCUCUGAAACAGUGGUUUCAAUCACUACCAUGUGUAGAAAAUGUCAAAUACCAGCUUCUGUUUAAUGAUUGUACCGACACUGUAAAUGCCUUGAGUAUCAGUAGAUUCAUGUGUGUUCCCCGUGUAUUUAAAGUGAUUGUUAUUUAUGGUUCUGUUUGUCAGGCGGAAGUUAUCUGCAUAUAUUUUUAUGCCACUCUUGCUUUCCUUCUUGCCCAUUAAAACGUUCUGAAUAUUAUUUUGUGAUGUGCAAUUUGGAAGCUGCUGCCUUGUUCUUGCUUUUUAGAAUAAUGUGAUGCUGUGAAUAUGUUUAAUGGUUACUUAGAAAUUGCUAAUUUGUACAUUUUAUCUUUAUCUUCCAAAUAAAGUUGUUUCUGGAA